AUGGCAGGAACGGCGGCGGCGGCGGCGGCGGGGCCGGGCGUGGGCGGCGCGGGGGCAACCGGCCCGGGUGUCACGGGGCCCUGCGGGGCCGUGUCCGUGUUCCCCGGCGCCCGCCUCCUCACCAUCGGCGACGCGAACGGCGAGAUCCAGCGGCACGCGGAGCAGCAGGCGCUGCGCCUCGAGGUGCGCGCCGGCCCGGACGCGGCGGGCAUCGCCCUCUACAGCCAUGAAGACGUCUGUGUGUUCAAGUGCUCGGUGUCCCGGGAGACGGAGUGCAGCCGUGUGGGCAAGCAGUCCUUCAUCAUCACCCUGGGCUGCAACAGCGUCCUCAUCCAGUUCGCCACGCCCAGCGAUUUCUGUUCCUUCUAUAACAUCCUGAAAACCUGCCGGGGCCACACCCUGGAGCGGUCGGUGUUCAGUGAGCGCACGGAGGAGUCCUCUGCUGUGCAGUAUUUCCAGUUUUAUGGCUACCUGUCCCAGCAGCAGAACAUGAUGCAGGACUACGUGCGGACAGGCACCUACCAGCGCGCGAUCCUGCAGAACCACACGGACUUCAAGGACAAGAUUGUUCUUGACGUCGGCUGCGGCUCUGGGAUCCUGUCGUUUUUCGCCGCCCAGGCUGGAGCAAGGAAGAUCUAUGCGGUGGAAGCCAGCACCAUGGCCCAGCACGCCGAGGUCUUGGUGAAAAGUAACAACCUCACGGACCGCAUCGUGGUCAUCCCCGGGAAGGUGGAGGAGGUCUCACUCCCCGAGCAGGUGGACAUCAUCAUCUCGGAGCCAAUGGGCUACAUGCUCUUCAAUGAGCGCAUGCUCGAGAGCUACCUCCACGCCAAGAAGUACCUGAGGCCUGGGGGAAACAUGUUCCCCACCAUUGGUGAUGUCCACCUCGCACCCUUCACGGAUGAACAGCUCUACAUGGAGCAGUUCACCAAGGCCAACUUCUGGUACCAGCCAUCCUUCCAUGGAGUGGACCUGUCUGCUCUCCGAGGUGCUGCGGUGGACGAGUAUUUCCGGCAGCCUGUGGUGGACACAUUUGACAUCCGGAUCCUGAUGGCCAAGUCUGUCAAGUACACGGUGAACUUCUUAGAAGCCAAAGAAGGAGAUUUGCACAGGAUAGAAAUCCCAUUCAAAUUCCACAUGCUGCAUUCUGGGCUGGUUCACGGUCUGGCCUUCUGGUUUGACGUCGCUUUCAUUGGCUCCAUAAUGACCGUGUGGCUAUCCACGGCCCCGACGGAGCCCCUGACCCACUGGUACCAGGUCCGGUGCCUGUUCCAGUCACCACUGUUUGCCAAGGCCGGGGACACGCUCUCAGGGACAUGUCUGCUUAUUGCCAACAAAAGACAGAGCUACGACAUCAGUAUUGUGGCCCAGGUAGACCAGACAGGCUCCAAAUCCAGUAACCUCCUGGAUCUGAAAAACCCCUUCUUCAGAUACACAGGCACGACGCCCUCCCCGCCGCCUGGCUCCCACUACACGUCCCCCUCGGAGAACAUGUGGAACACGGGCAGCACCUACAACCUCAGCAGCGGGAUGGCCGUGGCUGGGAUGCCGACCGCCUACGACCUGAGCAGUGUUAUCGCCGGCGGCUCCAGCGUGGGCCACAACAACCUGAUUCCUUUAGCCAACACGGGGAUUGUCAAUCACACCCACUCCCGGAUGGGCUCCAUAAUGAGCACGGGGAUUGUCCAAGGGUCCUCCGGCGCCCAGGGCAGCAGCGGCGGCGGCUCCAGUGCCCACUACGCGGUCAACAGCCAGUUCACCAUGGGCGGCCCCGCCAUCUCGAUGGCCUCGCCCAUGUCCAUCCCAACCAACACCAUGCACUACGGGAGCUAGGCCCCUCCGGCGUGGAACGGACUGACAGCACCAGGAAACCAAAUGAAGACCCUGCCCACCCCCCCCGCACCCGGGUGGCUCUCACCCUCGUACCGGAGAAGCCCAAACACCCGCUCACAGCCCUCUUUGCUACGGGAACUUGAACACUUUUUUACACGAUGUUGCCGCCGCCCCCAGCCCGCUGCCCGCCCACAUCUUGGCCCUGAGCGCGUGUCGCUGCCAUAUUUUACACAUGAUCGUGUCGUGGGAGCCCUGUUACCCGUUCCUGCCCUCUCCACCCUGACCUGGGUUUGAAAUCUUCUAUAACAGGUGUGUCCGGGCCUGACAGCCGCAGGCCUGGCAGGGACGGAGGGGAGCAGCUGCCGCCCCCCCACCCCCACCCCCCGCAAUCCCCCGGC